GGUUGCAAAAUUUAAUCAUGCGAAUUGUCAGUACUCUGAAAAAGAUGUUGAGGUUCUCUUUGGGAGGGACACGGUUGGACAGGAUUAGGAACAAGUACAUCAGAGGGACGGCUCAUGUUGGACGUUUGGGGGACAAAGUUAAGGAGGCCAGAUUAAGAUGGUUUGGACAUGUCCAGAGGAGGGAGAGUGAGUAUAUUGGUAGGAGAAUGUUGGACAUGGAGCUGCCAGGCAGGAGGAAAAGAGGAAGGCCAAAGAGGAGAAACCUUCUAGACAGAGACACUUUCUCCAAAUCGGAUCCAAUUUGCGUGCUUUACACUCAGACGGUGGCAAGCAGGGAGUGGAGAGAGUUUGGGAGAACCGAGGCCAUCAGUAACACCCUGAACCCAGACUUUGUCCGAAAAUUCAUUCUCGAUUACUUUUUUGAAGAGAGACAGAACCUACGCUUUGACCUGUACGACCUGGACUCGAAGAGUGAAAAUCUGUCCAAACAUGACUUCCUGGGUCAGAUGUACUGUACUCUGGGAGAGGUGGUUGGAUCCCCAGGUAGUCGUAUGGAGAGAACGCUCAUAGGCAUCCCAGGUAAAAAUUGUGGGACAAUUAUUGUUAAAGCAGAGGAACUUGGAAACUGUCGGGAAUCAGUAUUGCUGCAGUUUUGUGGAAACAGCCUGGAUAAGAAGGACUUUUUCGGGAAGUCGGACCCGUUCCUCGUCUUCUCUCGCAGCAACGAAGAUGGAACAUACACCAUUUGCCAUAAGACUGAAGUGAUAAAGAACACACUGGACCCUGUGUGGCAGGCCUUUAAAAUCCCAGUUAGAGCGCUGUGCAAUGGAGACUCUGACAGAGCCAUUAAGAUAGAGGUGUAUGACUGGGACAGAGAUGGAGGGCAUGACUACAUCGGAGAGUUCAAGACCAGCUAUAGGGAACUGUCCAAAGGCCAGUCUCAGUUUAGUGUUUGGGAGGUAUUAAACAUGAAGAAAAAGAAAAAGAAGAAGAAGAAAUACCAGAAUUCAGGAACUGUGACCCUGCUGUCAUGCCUCAUAGACGUUGAAGUGACUUUUCUGGACUAUAUUAAAGGAGGUACUCAGAUUAAUUUCACGGUGGCAAUCGAUUUUACCGCAUCAAAUGGAAACCCAUCCCAGCCUACCUCUCUUCACUACAUGAACCCAUACCAGCUCAAUGCCUAUGCCAUGGCUCUGAGAGCUGUGGGCGAGAUCAUUCAGGACUAUGACAGUGAUAAGAUGUUUCCUGCUCUGGGCUUUGGAGCAAAGCUGCCUCCUCAUGGGAGAGUAUCACAUGAGUUUGCCUUGAAUGGGAACCCAGAAAACCCAUACUGCAGCGGUAUUGAAGGAGUAAUAGAGGCAUAUUACCAGAGUCUGAAGAGUGUACGUCUCUAUGGUCCAACAUAUUUCUCACCGGUUAUUAAUCAUGUUGCACGGUAUGCAUCAUUAAUAAAGAACGGCUCAGAGUACUUCAUCCUCCUCAUCAUUUCUGAUGGAGUUAUCUCAGACAUGGCUCAGACCAAGGAAGCCAUUGUAAAUGCUUCCUGUCUUCCGAUGUCAAUAAUAAUAGUUGGAGUUGGAUCGGCUGAAUUUGACGAAAUGGUUGAACUGGACGGAGAUGAGGUCAGGAUCUCCUCAAGAGGAAGGUUUGCAGAGAGAGAUAUUGUACAGUUUGUUCCUUUUCGAGACUACAUUGACCCAAGAGGGAAUCACAUCCUCAGCAUGGCCCGUCUGGCCAAAGACGUCCUGGCUGAAAUUCCAGAUCAGUUCCUACACUACAUGAGGACCAGAGGCAUCAAACCGAGCUCGACGCCUUCUGCUUACUCUUCCAAACCCCUGACCGCAUUGUCCUAUUCUGCAGAGUCAUUACAGACACAGAUCUGAAGUGGACCACGGCGCUUUUCUGCACUUUGUCGAGUGUUAGGUUUUCUGAGUCACACAGUAAGAGAGUUAGAAAGCCAACAGAGACUUCUACUUUAAAGCCUGAAAAAGGCCAUUAAUAACAUCGCGCUCGUAUAGGAGUUUCAGAACGGGAGAGAGGUUUAUUUCUAACUAAAGCAAUCAUCAUCAUAUGCCUCAUACUUUCUGUCUUUGAUUUCAGGCGACUGGCUGAGCUAUGAACAAAAUGUUUACAGUGUUUGUGAUUUAUACAAGCAGAUAAUUAUAUACCUCAUGCAUACUGAAGGAGCUGAAACUUUUACCACAGAAUUGGUUGUGGUGAUUUUCUGUUGAAAGGAGAGUGAGCAUGCUUCCAAGAGGUGUUCAGUCUCUUCAGUUUUUAUUACUGACCAUUCUGGUUUCUUCCACUCCACUGCCACACUGUGUUUCUGAACAAGUCUUCGAGCUGCUGAAGAGACAGGCCUUAUUCUUCAUUACACUUUACAUUACUGCUCCUUAAUUAGUCUCCCUCAUUAAAUCUUUAUUAACAUAGCAGUAAGUAAUCAGGUGUUACCAUGGUAGUUCUUCAAUAAUUAUUCAUACUGUUAUAGUUAGUAAUUAAUGUUAAAUUACUGCACUGACACAAUCGUGAAGAAAUCCUGUUUCUGAGCCACUGUGUGGUCUGCAUUAAUGUCAUACACUUACACAACACUUUUUUACAGAAGCAUUGAUUACUGAUACAUCAAACAAUGCCCUUAACCCUUAUUAUUAAAUCACUAGCAACUAUUAUCCAAAAUUAUUAUCAUGUCAUUACAGCUUUGAUCAGCAUGAUAGUGAUGAGCAGCUCGACUUAUUUAGUUACCACAAUUAUUUAUAAUUAGCUAUUAGAUUGUUAUUUUCCAUUAGCAUUGCUGUUUGUUAUGUUCAAUAGUAAUUCAUCGGGAAGUGAGAAGUGGCUUACUCUCCUUUACUAAGUUAGUAAGUAAACCUAGUCAUUAGUUAAGGAGCCUGUCAAAGCUGGAUAAUAAAAAAAGAAGUUUUUUUUAAUCUAUCAGUAACUGAUGCUUCUGUAAAGACAAAGUAAGCACAUUAUGGUUUUAUCAUCAUAGUAAUUUAUUAUUAGUUAUUAAAUAGUUAGACUAGUCAACAUGGUAGUUUCUGAUGGUGAUUAGUUAUUAUUGAAGAUCUGCUAUAGUAACACUGCUAAGUAAAAUGUACUUCAGCAUUAAAAUAAGGAGCUGGAAUGUAAAGUGUUACCCAGCAGCAUGACAAUGGCUUUUACGUACACAAGUAUUAAAAUAAUGCUAGCCAGAAUUAUCUGUAGCUAUAGAUGCAUGGGAUUGCAUGCACUUUUAAAACGGACUGUGUAUUUUCCUGAAGAGUGAUGAGGUUGACCGGCCGUAUGGACUGUAGGUGCUGUAGAGCGAGAACACUCACUGACUUGUAGUUCUGCACUUUAUGAUUGUGGAAAUAUUCGAGCACAAUUUAGGUUUUUAAGCCUUCAUUUUAACUUAAUAAAGUUUACUUUUGAUUUUUGUAGGUACAAGUGAACUGUCCAUCAACAAACAUAACUUUAUCCUUCAUUCCAAUACCAGCUGUGGUCUUGAAAUAAGACCAAAGGGAAAGAUGUGGAGGUGUUUGAAUACAGAUUUUAACUUCUCUCCAAUACAAUGCUUUUGGAUAUUGAUUCAUCCGUACACAGAGCCAAGACACGCAGAACUUCCACAUGACCAGAUAGAACCACACAUGCUGGCUCACAUACUCUAUUAUCCUUACUAAACAUGCAUAAACUACAUCAAAGCUUAAAACCUGCCCAGUGAAAUGGUUUAUCCUCCAUCCAUCCAUCAGAUAUUUUCAGAUGUAAUACAUCUCAUGCAGUUCUAAGAUCUGUUAUGUCACUGCCUUAAUUUUCGGGACUAAUUCCUAUCGGUAAAAUACAUGGAAAAGUAUUUUCCUGUUGGUUGAAUAGUACAUGAAAUUUCACUAUGUCUGUGGAAAGAAAAUGAAUUAAAAAUAAAAACCCUGAUAAGCCUACAUAUUAAAAAAAAAAAAAAGAAAUGAAUGAAUGGAGUAAAAAAUAAUGUGAAGAAAUAGAAAUGUCUGGUGUCCAUCUGGUAAAGCUUUGGAUUACUACAGGGUUAAUGUGACAGUGAUAACACACUGUACUGAAAUGUCUCAGGUUGGAAUGUCCUUUGCUUAUUGCAAUAACAGUAAAACACUGACCCUGGUCAGUUGGAUAUGUGCACUGGUUUGCUGCCAUAAAAUAUUAUCACAAAUAAUUUCUAUAGCCCUGUAGCAUUCACCUGGAAAACACGUAGAUUUUUUUGUUUUAUUGAUUUGUUUUUAUUUUUAGAAACGUAACAGCACUAACAGCUUGUGAAUUAAUGUAUUCCUUCAUUCGGUCAUUCUUCUUACUGUUGCAUGCAUCAUACUCGCAUGUGCAUUGCGUUGAAAAGUGAUGAACCUUUUGUAUUUAUCUCAUAUUUUUAUACCCGCUAUUUUUUACGAUCUCAUAGAGUUUGCCUUAAUAUAUAUCACUGAAUUGUUGGAUUUAUGCCAUGCCUUCACUGUAUGUUUGUUGAUGAAUUAUAUAUUCUUUAAACAGUAUUUGCUUUAAGGUACAAUUUACUGAGAGUAGUGUAGUUGCAUGAUCCAGCUACAUGAAGCUGGCCGGUGUUUAAUAGCUGUCCAGUACAAAAAAAAUUGCAUAGGAUUUAAUACUUUGAUGUUACCUAUUUGAUUAUUUGCAUCUGUAAUGAAACAGAAAUGUAGCAUAUGUGGUAGUAUAAUUAGUCUGUGGUCUGUAAGAUUUCAUAGCACUGACUAGAAGAUCAUGAAGGCAAUCAUUACAAUCUUCAAAUGUCUUCAUUUCCAUGUACUAUAUAUAGUACAAAUGGCAGGUUAUUGAAUAUUUACAAAA